AUUUGGGGGCUUUUACAAACAUCUGUUUCCAAAUAAGGAUGUUUCAGACGGUACCAGAUACUUCGUCUUACGUCAAGGUAAGACUUGACAGCAUCUUUAAACAGGAGGCUCUCUCGGUGGUGAGUGAAGAUCAGUCCCUUUUUGAUUCCACCUACGGAGCUGCUGCUCACCUCCCCAAAGCAGACAUGACGGCCUCAGGGAACCCCGAUUAUGGCCAGCCGCACAAAAUCAACCCGUUACCUCCCCAGCAGGAGUGGAUCAACCAGCCGGUCCGGGUGAAUGUGAAGAGGGAAUAUGAUCACAUUAACGGAUCCAGGGAAUCUCCGGUGGACUGCAGCGUUAGCAAAUGCAACAAGUUGGUUGCUGCGGGGACAGAGUCCAACCCCUUGAGUUAUGGCACCUACAUGGAUGAAAAGAACGGCCCUCCUCCCCCCAACAUGACAACCAAUGAAAGGAGAGUCAUCGUCCCAGCAGAUCCCACAUUAUGGACCCAGGAACAUGUCCACCAGUGGCUGGAGUGGGCCAUAAAAGAAUACGGUUUGAUGGAGAUUGACACCAACCUUUUCCAAAACAUGGAUGGCAAGGAGCUGUGCAAAAUGAAUAAGGAUGAUUUCCUCCGGGCCACCUCUCUCUACAACACAGAAGUCCUGCUGUCUCACCUCAGUUACCUCAGGGAAAGUAGCUCAUUGUUGUCCUACAACACACCAGCCCACACAGAGCCUUCCUCACGACUCAGUACCAAAGAAGAUGCCUCUUACGAUGCUGUCAGGAGAUCGGGAUGGGGCAACAACAUGAAUUCCAGCCACAACAAAAGUCCACCAUUAGGAGGGACACAAAAUGUGAGCAAAAACCCAGAGCAGCAGCGGCCUCAGCCAGACCCUUACCAGAUUUUAGGACCAACCAGCAGCCGUUUAGCUAACCCAGGGAGCGGACAGAUCCAGCUAUGGCAGUUUCUACUAGAGUUACUGUCGGACAGCUCCAACGCCAGCUGCAUCACAUGGGAAGGAACGAAUGGGGAAUUCAAGAUGACUGACCCCGAUGAGGUGGCCAGGCGUUGGGGAGAACGCAAGAGCAAGCCCAACAUGAAUUAUGACAAGCUGAGCCGAGCCCUCCGAUACUACUACGACAAGAACAUCAUGACCAAAGUACACGGCAAGAGGUACGCCUAUAAAUUUGACUUUCACGGCAUUGCUCAAGCUCUUCAGCCUCACCCGACUGAGUCGUCGAUGUACAAGUAUCCAUCGGAUCUGCCUUACAUGCCUUCAUAUCACGCGCACCAGCAGAAAGUGAACUUUGUGCCUCCACAUCCUUCCUCUAUGCCCGUCACUUCCUCCAGUUUCUUUGGAGCUGCGUCGCCAUAUUGGACUUCCCCCACGGGAAGCAUAUACCCAAAUCCCAACGUACCGCGUCAUCCAAACUCCCAUAUGCCAUCACACUUAGGCAGCUACUACUAGUUGCUGUUCACCUUCUGUGGCCUUUCUCAGUCCAAUUGGAUGUUCUCUUCCCUUUUUGGAUAGAUCUAUGGACUUCUUGGUGGACUUCCAUCUUUUUGUCGGGGAGAAUAGCUGAAAAACUGGAUAUUAUUAUUUUUAUUAUUAUUAUUAAUAUUGGAGUAAACCCUUUUUUUAUUUUUGUAACUCUGCUUCUUCAGUCUCGAACGGGCAGAUGGAUUUCCUGAUGGGCCAGUAUUAUAUAUAAUUACAUAUUCUAUUUUGGUUCCAAGCCUUAUAGCCUCUAUUGGACCAAGUCGAGUGCUUUACGGAUCUGUGGUGGUGAUCAUCACUCCAGCUCUCAACAAAUGAUGGGAAGCACAGUCAAAGUCAAGGGAAAUAAAGAGACCCAAGGGUCUUAAGAAGAUUAAUGUUUGUUCACCCCAGACAAAAUGGCAAAUAUUUUUUCCGGUUUGGGGGAAGCAGAAGGAAGAUCCAAACGUUGUCUGGAGAGGACCUGGUUUGGUGGAUCCAACUGGAAGCUAAGCAUUUGAAGCCAGUGAAGGCUCGUUCACCCAACUGGAAAAAAAAAAGAAAUACAUAUAUAUAAAUAUAUUCAUAUAAAUAAAUACGUAUAUUUUAAGACUAUUAAGGGCAUUGAAGGGACUUGUCAAGAGCAUUGUGCUAUGUUGUGUGUGUGACACACAACUCCAGGAACAUCCAAGACCAAGGCGGGGUGGGAAAUCACAAUGCAUCAAGGGCAGAUAUUCUUAAGAAUGCAAAAUAGGACUCGAAUACAUGACAGCUGCUCCCAACGCUUGGCUUCAGUGCCGGGAGUCGCAAAAACACAACCGAUUCACGAACGCUGUGCGUUUGUCAGACAGCCACUCAGAGGGUCAACCGAACCAGAAGGCAGUUUACUGUAUAAAUUAUGCAGAGUUAUGUUUUUACCUAUAUCUCACAGUGUUAGGAAAAAGAUUAAAAAAUGAAACGAGUUGACCUCGGUCACAAAUGCAAGUUGUUUGGUUUUUUGGGGAUUUUUUUUUUUACUAUCAGAUCCGUUGUUGGUUUUUUAAAAUUUAAUUUGUACAUCUUUUCUAUCUGUACAUUUGGGUUUCAGCUUUGUAAUUUUUUUGCUAAAAAAUAAAAGAUUUUAAAAAAAGGAAAA